CUAUCGUUCACUCCCUCUGUUUUUUGCGAAGAUAAAGUAAACCGAAAAGGCAAAAACCUCUGAUAAACCACCGUAGACGGCAGUACUGCCUGUCUGACACUUCCGAACAGCCACAUCCGUUAAUGCCUGUACAAUCCCUGGAAAUUGCCCUAUUUUACCUCUUCUUCUUAACCUUGAUGAAAUGAUGGAAUAACCAUUUUUAUCCCAUUUCAAUUUUUGAGCAUUGAUAAGAAUAGCUAUCGAUGGAGAUAUACACCCUGAAUAAUUUCACGGACUUCUCCCCAAUUAACCAAACCCCAUUCUCAUUUACCAACAAAAGCCCAUUUCUUCUCCGGAGAAGAAGACCAUUUUGCCUUUUACGACCACCCUCGAGUCAGCAUCAGUACAGUCCGAAGCUUUCCCGCCAAAAGAGGCGCAUUUUAGUCGCUGCUUCCUCCGACAAUAAUGGCCCUUCUCCUUCUGGCUUCUCGUGGGGCCAAACCUCGAAACGUUUUUUCGAGAAUUUGGGCGAUGCUUUGAAGAAAGAGACGGGUUUCAGUUUUGAAGGUGGUGAAAUUGUGGGGCGGGUUCGUGGUUCGAUGGAAUGGGGUCAGUCUGAGCUGGAACGAAUUAGCUCUGAGUUGCUGCCUUUGUUCAUCAGCUGGAAUAAAUGGGAACGCUGGAAGGAUGUAAAGAGUUGGGAUGUCAAGAGAAUUUGUGUUUUAUUGCUCUAUAUAUUUGCCGCUGCUUUUUCUUCUAGGGGAAUUUACAAGGCUAUUCGAGCGCCUAUCAUUGAGCAAGAAAGAAGAGAGAUUACAGAGGCCUUUAUGGAGGCGUUGAUUCCUGAGCCGACUCCAACUAAUCUUAGAAAAUUCAAAAAGGGCUUGUGGAGAGAGACAACUCCUAAAGGAUUGAAACUCAAAAAGUUUCUUGAGGGACCUGAUGGAACACUAGUCCAUGAUAGUUCUUUUGUUGGGGAAGAUGCAUGGGAUGACAAGGCCGAAAGUCUCCAGAAUGUAGAAGAAAUUAUAGACCGUGAUGCGAGUUUGAAUGCAGAAGACAAGAAGCUUUUGAAAGAAGACUUUCGACUUUCAGUUCAAAAUACAGAGAGUCAAGGGACUUGGCGUGAAAGACUUAAAACAUGGAAUGAAAUUCUUCAGAAGGACAAAUUAGCUGAACAACUAGAUUCAUCGAGAGCACAGUAUGUUGUUGAAUUUGACAUGAAAGAGGUAGAGAAUAGUCUGCGCAAAGAAAUUGCUGAGAAGGGAAAAGAAAAUCAUUGGCCGAGAGCAUUGUGGAUUUCCAAGAGAUGGUGGCGCUACCGCCCUAAACUGCCAUACAUGUAUUUUCUUCAAAAACUUGAUUCUUCUGAGGUUGCUGCAGUCGUUUUCACUGAGGACCUGAAAAGGUUGUACAUAACAAUGAAGGAAGGUUUCCCUCUCGAAUAUACUGUUGAUAUUCCACUCGACCCAUUUUUGUUUGAGAUGAUAGCAAGCUCUGGAGCCGAAGUUGAUCUCCUCCAAAAGCGGCAGUCCCAUUACUUGCUAAAAGUCGUAAUCGCUUUGCUUCCUGGGAUAUUAAUCUUGUGGUUCAUAAGAGAAUCUGUGAUGCUUCUUCAUAUUACCACAAGACGUCUACUUUAUAAGAAGUAUAAUCAACUUUUUGAUAUGGCUUAUGCUGAAAAUUUUAUCCUGCCAGUAGGGGAAGUUGGUGAAACAAAGUCGAUGUACAAAGAAGUUGUGUUGGGAGGAGAUGUGUGGGACCUGCUGGAUGAGUUGAUGAUAUAUAUGGGAAACCCCAUGCAGUACUAUGAAAAAGAAGUGAAGUUUGUUCGGGGUGUGCUUCUGUCGGGACCCCCUGGAACUGGAAAAACUCUUUUUGCUCGGACUCUUGCAAAGGAAAGUGGUUUGCCUUUUGUUUUCGCGUCUGGUGCGGAGUUUACAGACAGUGAGAAAAGUGGUGCUGCACGGAUAAAUGAAAUGUUUUCUGUUGCAAGGAGAAAUGCUCCAUCUUUUGUUUUUGUGGAUGAAAUUGAUGCUAUUGCUGGGAGGCAUGCUCGCAAGGAUCCACGAAGGAGAGCAACAUUUGAAGCUCUUAUUGCUCAGCUUGAUGGAGAGAAAGAGAAAACUGGCAUUGACAGGUUUUCAUUAAGACAAGCUGUCAUUUUCAUUUGUGCUACUAAUAGGCCAGAUGAAUUGGACCUAGAAUUUGUUCGGCCUGGACGCAUCGACCGUCGUUUGUAUAUUGGAUUACCUGAUGCAAAGCAACGAAUUCAAAUUUUCGGGGUCCAUAGCGCUGGUAAACGUCUUGCUGAUGAUGUAGACUUUGGGCAGCUUGUCUUCCGGACUGUUGGAUAUUCAGGAGCAGAUAUUAGAAAUCUAGUGAAUGAAGCUGGAAUAAUGUCUGUCAGAAAAGGGCACUCGAAAAUAUAUCAGCAAGACAUCAUUGAUGUACUGGACAAGCAAUUGCUUGAGGGAAUGGGUGUGCUUCUCACUGAGGAAGAGCAGCAAAAAUGUGAACAAAAUAUCUCUCUUGAAAAGAAAAGACUGCUGGCAGUGCAUGAAGCCGGACAUAUAGUUUUGGCACACUUAUUUCCUCGAUUCGAUUGGCAUGCAUUUUCUCAGCUUCUACCUGGUGGCAAGGAAACUGCAAUAUCAGUCUUUUACCCUCGAGAAGAUAUGGUUGAUCAAGGUUACACCACAUUUGGCUACAUGAAAAUGCAAAUGGUGGUAGCUCACGGUGGCCGAUGUGCUGAACGCAUUGUAUAUGGUGAUGACAUCACUGAUGGUGGACAAGAUGAUCUGGAGAAGAUCACAAAGAUUGCUCGAGAAAUGGUGAUAAGCCCAAGAAAUUCUAGGUUGGGGCUCACAGCUUUGACAAAGAAACUUGGGUUGGCCGAUCAACCUGAUAAUCCUGAUCGCGAGCUUAUUAAUUAUAAGUGGGACGAUCCUCAUGUUAUUCCUGCUGAUAUGACCGUCGAAGUUUCUGAACUGUUUACAAGGGAGUUGACAAGAUACAUAAAAGAAACAGAAGAAUUUGCUAUGAAAGGAUUAAUGGACAACAGGCACAUACUUGACAUGAUUGCUGAGGAACUUCUUCAAAAUUCAAGAAUAACAGGAUUGGAAGUUGAAGAAAGAAUGAAAGGACAAUCUCCAAUCAUGUUUGAGGACUUUGUAAAGCCUUUCCAAAUAGAUUUGGAUCAGGUUGUAUUCCUUUCCUUACUUUUUUAAAUUUUGCUAUGUCCAUCGUACCGGGUCCUGUGAUUUGUGCUUUCCAUGGCCGCCUUUAUUUCUCACUUUUAGAGAUAAUUGACUUGCUGAAGCUCUCAUGUCUGUUCUUCCCUGUUCUUUUCCUUUCCUCGUAUGUUAAGAUCACGUUAUUAACUGAUCCAAGUCGCUUGGCAAAAAUCUGCCAGGAGGGACCAUUGCCUCACAAUGACCGGGUGCGUUACCAACCGCUCGACAUCUAUCCUGCACCACUUCACAGAUGCUAGAAUUCUGUCCUGUAAGUAAAGGAGAAACGCGCUGCAUGGAAAGGGCUUAAACUAAAUAGUUCUUGUUUUAAAUCCCCUAAUCAGAGGAUGCCAUUCCGUUAUUUAUUUAUCAAGUGGCGCUGGUAAUGGUUUUGAGGGUGGUCGAAGAAAUAUUUGAGAAUAUCAAAUGUAUCUUGUGUAUGUUGUUUUACGGUCAUUUUUUUUCUACAUAGUGUAACCCAUCUAAAACCCUAUGUACGUGUGAGUCUGCGUUCCUUACAUUUUUUCUGACUCAAAAAGAGUUGAAAAUGCAAGGAAGCAUUGAGGCUUUUGCUGUUGUAUUACUGCACAACCUCACAAUGAAAGAGAGAACUGUACUGUCCGGCGAUGAUUUGGUAUCCCAACAGAAGUAAAUGAAUAAGAACUUUUAUGAAUUUAAUCAUCCAGCGAAAUGUUUUCAGAAAUUAU